UACCCCUGCCCCUCCCCCACUUGGUCAACUACCCCCUUCUCCGUGCCGCCGCCCCCCGGGGCGGCUGCUUGCCUAGCGGGGUCGCCGCCUUCUUCUUCGAGGACCACCAGUGAAAACUCCGGUUUCCUGGAAGCACUGCCCCUAGCCCGUUGGUACCCUUGCCCCCCACCCCCACCUUGGUCCGUGCAAUGCCAGCCGCCACCUGCUGGGACUAUCUCCAGUUACAGUCUGAAGGCUGGAAAGAGGUCUGGGACCUGUCACUAUGGGGGACAUGAAGACCCCUGAUUUUGAUGACCUCCUUGCUGCUUUUGACAUCCCUGAUAUUGAUGCAAAUGAAGCCAUUCACUCUGAGCCAGAAGAAAAUGAGGGACCAGGAGGCCAAGGGAAGCCAGAAUGCAGUGUAGGAGGUGAUUCUAAAGACAGAGAAGCAGCAGCAGCAGCUGCUGGGAAUGACCCUGAGAGUCCAGCUGAGGCCUCUGACCAUGGCCUUCCACAACCCCUGGAUACUUCUACAGUCAGUGUCAUUGUCAAGAACACAGUGUGUCCAGAGCAGUCUGAGACCUUGACUGGGAAUUCAGGAGAGGAAGAGAGUAAGGCUGGGGCUGUAACUAAGGAAGGACCUGUGGGGUCUUGUCUGAUGAGAAAUGGAUUUGGGGGUUCUGAGCCAUCCCUCUUAGAAACUCCCCAUUCUUCAGCACCUGCCAGUGGGGAUGCCUGGAAAGAAAAAGCUGUGGAAGGCAAAACAUGCCUGGACCUCUUUGCUCAUUUCGGGUCUGAACCAGGAGACCACUCAGCUCCCCUACCUCCUGAACCUUCCCUACCUCGGGAUGGUGACAUGGGUCCACCUCCUUUUUCCACUCCUUUUGAACUGGCCCCAGAAAAUGGCUCAACCCUGCUGCCUCCUACUUCUCUCUUGCCUCAAGGGGCCUUGAAACAGGAAAGCUGCAGCCCUCUUCAUUCCCAGGGCCUAAACCAGAGAAGCUCAGGCUCUAGCCCUGAGGCAGCAGGCAUCCCUGCCAGUGUCUCACCCCCGCAGGUGGCUGGGGUGUCCUUCAAGCAAUCUCCGGGACACCAGAGCCCUCCUGCUUCCCCUGUAAAGGCACCCAGCUGUAAACCCCUGAAGGAAGAAGAUGAGGGAACAGUGGACAAGUCUCCCCCAAGAAGUCCCCAGAGUCCCUCUAGUGGAGCUGAGGCUGCAGAUGAGGACAGCAAUGAUUCUCCUACCUCCUCCAGCUCUUCUAGGCCCCUCAAGGUGCGGAUCAAGACUAUUAAAACAUCCUGUGGGAAUAUCACAAGAACUGUAACCCGGGUUCCCUCAGAACCUGAUCCUCCUGCCCCUUUGGCUGAGGGGGCCUUCCUGGCUGAGGCUAGCUUCCUGAAAUUGUCCCCUGUAACUCCAACCCCCGAGGGUCCAAAGGUGGUGAGUGUCCAAUUGGGUGAUGGCACAAGGCUGAAAGGGACAGUGUUGCCUGUGGCUACCAUCCAGAAUGCUAGCACUGCCAUGCUCAUGGCAGCUAGUGUUGCCCGAAAAGCUGUGGUUCUACCAGGGGGCAAUGCCACCAGCCCUAAGACUAUGACUAAGAGUGUGUUAGGUCUGGUGCCCCAAACUCUGCCCAAGGCUGAAGUUCGGACAGGGUUUAGCCUUGGGGGGCAGAAGGUAAAUGGUGCCUCAGUGGUGAUGGUACAGCCUUCUAAGUCUGCUACUGGGCCAGGCACAGCAGGAGGCUCGGUGAUCUCUCGAACCCAGUCUAGUCUGGUAGAGGCCUUCAACAAGAUCCUCAACAGCAAGAACCUGCUGCCUGCUUAUAGACCAAACCUGAGUCCACCAGCUGAGGCUGGUCUGGCCCUGCCUCCAACAGGCUACCGCUGCCUUGAGUGUGGAGAUGCCUUCUCACUGGAGAAGAGCCUGGCACGGCACUAUGAUCGCAGAAGCAUGCGUAUAGAGGUCACCUGUAACCACUGUGCCCGUCGCCUGGUUUUCUUCAACAAGUGUAGCCUACUCCUGCAUGCCCGUGAGCACAAGGACAAGGGGCUUGUCAUGCAGUGCUCACAUUUGGUCAUGAGGCCUGUAGCCCUUGACCAGAUGGUAGGGCAGCCAGACAUUACACCCUUGCUGCCUGUGGCUGUCCCACCUGUUCCUGGACCUCUGGCCUUGCCUGUUUUGGGCAAGGGAGAGGGGGUUGUCACUUCCUCUACCAUCACUACAGUUGCCACUGAAGCUCCUGUGCUGCCACUCCCAACAGAGCCCCCUGCUCCCCCUACUGCCUCUGUUUACACGUGCUUUCGCUGUCUGGAGUGCAAGGAGCAGUGCCGCGACAAGGCUGGCAUGGCAGCCCACUUCCAGCAGCUGGGCCCUCCUGCGCUUGGGUCUACCAGCAAUGUGUGUCCAUCCUGCCCCAUGAUGCUCCCCAAUCGCUGCAGCUUCAGUGCCCACCAGCGCACACAUAAGAACCGACCCCCCCACGUCUGUCCUGAGUGUGGGGGCAACUUCCUACAAGCUAAUUUUCAGACCCAUCUUCGAGAGGCUUGUCUGCAUUUUUCUCGCCGUGUAGGAUACAGGUGCCCCAGCUGUGCAGUGGUGUUUGGGGGUGUGAACUCCAUCAAGUCCCACAUACAGGCAUCACACUGCGAAGUUUUCCACAAGUGCCCCAUCUGCCCCAUGGCCUUCAAGUCUGCACCCAGCGCCCAUGCCCACCUCUACUCCCAGCAUCCAAGCUUCCUCACCCAGCAAGCCAAGCUGAUCUAUAAGUGUGCCAUGUGUGAUACAGUCUUCACUCACAAACCCCUCCUCUCCUCACACUUCGACCAGCACUUACUGCCUCAGCGUGUCAGUGUCUUUAAGUGCCCGUCUUGUCCUCUGCUUUUUGCCCAAAAAAGAACCAUGCUGGAGCAUCUCAAGAACACUCAUCAGUCUGGACGUGUAGGGGAAGAGGCAGCUGGGAAAGGGGCUGGGGCUGCCCUUUUGACCCCCAAGACUGAGCCUGAGGAGCUGGCUGUAUCUCAGGCAGAGGCAGCCCCUGCUACUGAGGAAUCUUCCUCAUCUUCUGAAGAAGAGCUGCCUAGCUCCCCUGAGCCUCCCCGCCCAACCAAAAGACCCCGACGAGAACUGGGAAACAAAGACAUUAAAGGUGGGGGUGGGGGACCUGGAGGCUGGACUUGUGGCCUUUGUCACUCGUGGUGUCCUGAGCGUGAUGAAUAUGUGACUCACAUGAAGAAGGAGCACGGCAAGUCAGUGAAAAAGUUCCCCUGUCGCCUGUGCGAGCGCUCCUUCUGCUCUGCCCCAAGCCUGAGGCGCCAUGUCAGGGUCAACCAUGAGGGAAUCAAGCGAGUGUAUCCGUGCAGGUAUUGUACAGAGGGAAAGCGUACCUUCAGUAGUCGCCUGAUCCUGGAGAAGCAUGUCCAGGUCCGCCAUGGCUUGCCUCUUGGGACCCAGUCUUCUGGCCGAGGAGGCUCCCUGGGUCGAGGCUCUGGUGGCAGAGCCCAGGGGCCAGGACGGAAACGCCGCCAGUCUUCUGACUCAUGCAGUGAGGAGCCUGACAGUACAACACCACCAGCCAAGUCCCUGAGGGGUGGCCCUGGGUCAGGAGGCCACGGUCCUCUGCGCUAUAGAAGCAGUGGUUCAGCAGAACAGAGCCUUGUGGGGUUGAGGGUGGAUGGUGGCACUCAGCAGUGCCUUGACUGUGGCUUGUGCUUUGCUUCCCCCGGCUCCUUGAGCCGCCACCGGUUCAUUAGCCACAAGAAGAGACGGGCUGGGGGUAAAGCCAGUGUCCUGGGGCUGGGGGAUGGGGAAGAGGAGGCUCCUCCAUUACGCUCUGACCCAGAGGGUGGAGACUCACCGUUACCUGCUUCUGGAGGCCCUUUGACUUGUAAGGUCUGUGGCAAGAGCUGUGAUAGUCCUCUCAACCUCAAGACCCAUUUCCGCACACAUGGCAUGGCAUUCAUCAGGGCCCGGCAGGGAGGCAGUGGAGACAACUAGGUUCCAGCCUCAAAAUGACCGGGCCUCUUCCCUGGGACUUGGGUUUCACUGCUGCUGUCACCUCCCUGGACUGGGAGUUUAACAUUUACUUCUUUCUCCAUCUCUGAGGGAAAGGCUUUUGAGGAUUCUAGUGACUUGCACCCCCCCUCCCUCUUGGGUUUGGCCCCUAGGUCCUACUUAAGUGGGUCCUCCUUUCUUCUUUUCUGAAUCCAACACUAAUGCUCCUGCUGCAGACCCCCAGUAACUAUGUGGGAGGAUGGGACCUUGGCAAGCCUGCUAGACAAGCACAGGGAUGGACUGAAGGAUGUACAGGGUCUAGCUUCUACCCCUCUACUAGAUUUCUUCAGGCACAGAGCAGUAUUCUUUCUCUGGGCUGGGUUCUGCCCUAGUAUCCCCUCCUCCAACACUCAUUGGCACUAACACCCCACCCCAAUCCCUGCAGUGCCUUCCAUUUGUCUUUUUCCCCCAGAAAUUUAGGGGUGGGGGGGGUUGGUGGGGAUGAGUACUGUCAAAUAGGGUCCAGGGAGAGGAGAGGACAGGCUCUCAGGAAUCCUUUAUUCUUGUAGUAGUAAUACUAACAGUGGGAGAAACAGGAGGGAGAAAACCAGACCAUUAAAACUGCUUGUGGUUUAAUCCCCAUUCAGGCUUUUCUUUUUCUGUGAGUUGGAUAAUGUGUACUGAUAGGAGGGGGGGAGUCAGAACCGGGGAAGCCCUUCUCAGGGAAGAGGCAGUAUUGACAAAGACAGAUGGAAAAAGCAAUCUUCCUUCAUCUUGUGUAUGCUGGACUUAACCCUUUUCAAGCACUCCCACUCCCAGAAGCAACAAGACACAGAUGGCUAACUAAGGACUUUAUUUCAAACAAAAAUUAAAAAAAAAAAACAAAAACAAAAAAACCGAGAGCUAAUUCCCUGGGUGUGAGGAAAGGAUCAGGGUAAAGAGUUCCCUAUGGCUAAGCCAAUGCCCUCAGUACAUUAGAGGGAUUGUGUCAGUUCCCCUCCUCACCCCCAUGAUGGGGACCCACCUCUCAGGAAUGUGGGCCCAGGGGUCAGCUCCCAGGAGGGGACGGAGUUGGGCAGCAGCAUGGCCAAACAUAGGAUUAAGUCCUAAGUACCAAGAACCCACUCCUCCCAUCUUGCUGGGACCCAGGGAAAAUAAAAGAUGGUUUGUAGAAAACCUCUGAGACCCCCUGAGGGGAAGAAGGCUCCAGUCCUCCUCAUGUUCAUCACCUCUGUUCUCUGGAGAGCAGUGAGUCCUGGGAUCUGUCAGGGGGUAAUACUGACACAGCAAGUCUGGACCCCAUGGUUGGCUCUCCUACCCUCUGGCAAGCUCUCAUGGUUACCACAUGAUCCUUUGUAUUUCUUGCCUUCCAUUUCCCUUGGGUAGGUAGGUGGGGUUUUGUGAUUUGGGUUUUCUUAGGCAAGGGUCCUAAGGAGGAUGCCUUCAAUCCCACCACUUCUAGUCCUGAAAAUGGUGUCACAUGAUGCCAUUGGUGAGGUACUGGAAGCCAUCGUAGAGUUUGGUGGUGAUGGACCUCAUGCUGCCAUCCACCAUCUGCUCCACCAGCAGCUGCAGCUGCUCCUCAGUCAUGCUCAUGUGGAACCUCUCUUUGAGGUUGCGAAUGGUGCUGGAGCCGUGGAAGCAAGGAAGCUGAGAACCUGGAGGGAAGCAGUGCAAAUUAAGGGUCACAGACAAUUAGGAAGGCAGGCCAGUAGUUAGUGUCACAGGGAGAAGAGCUGGAGUACCCCUUCCCUCCCCACCACCAGGAUCCCUGAUGGUAUAGAGCAAUUCUGCUUGUGCCAAGAAAAGCAGUCAGGAAGCCUUGUUUUCAGUCCAUCCUCAUCCCAUACUCCUUAGUUCCUCUGUAGGUGGGAGUAUAUGGGCAGGAUAGGGAAAGGCAAGCCCACAACUUCCCCAGUAAGCAUUGGAGAGAUGUCUUAGGGCCCAGAGGGAAGGCUGGGAAGAGGCUCUGGGAAUGGGCCCUGCACUUAUCUGGUUGCAGGCCUCUGCCUAUGCUAGGUCUGACACUCACAGAUGACCUGGGCCACCGUCACCACGGGGCCAGACAGAGAUGCUCCUGAGCAACGACGGCAACCUGUGGGGUAGGGGCAAGGAUGGGGAGGAGGAGACUGGCAGCUUAGGUAGGGUAAACAUCUGGAGUCUGGGGUGGGGGAAUAAGAGGGGCCCAGAGGAACUGGAAAAGGAAGGAGUCCUGUGCAAAAAACCGGGACCAAGGAAGUGGCAAAGUGAAAGGAAAAAGAGGCAGGAAAGAGCUGAACAGGAUAGGUUAGUAGGGAUGGUGGUGGCUGAAGUCAGGGCAGUCAGGCCAAGGAUAAUGGGAGAGAAGUGGGUAGAAGUAGCAGAGAAGGAAGAAGACUGAGAGAUACAGUUGAAUGGGAGAAUGGAAAAACCAGGAGGCUGAAAGUGGCUCGGUUUUACUGUGAGGGAACCUAAGAGCUUUCUGCUGUUCCUUUUCUCCUGCCCCACCUCCAAAACCAGUUCUACCAGGGUAAAGAAUGUUCCAAAGGGGAAAUGGAGACCCUCUGAGAAAUGUUCCCCCACCUAAGUCUUGAGGUGGAGUCAACUUCCUAAAAGUUCUAAGUUGCAGGCAGCCCAACCUGAGGCCCCCAGGCCAGGCCCCCCACCCCCGAGCCACACCUUGCUGCAUGAUCUCCACAAUCUGGACCACCUUGUCCAUGUGCUUUCGAGCAGCAAUCAGCCCCUGCAGCAUGAGCAUCUUGUAGUAGUUGAACAUAUCACCGUUCAGGCCACCCAUUACCUGGAAGCAAGGAGAGUGUGUGCACAGAGGAAUUCUGGUGGGUCCUUUUCCUGUGGGCCUCUCAGAACUUCCUUCUCUUAAGGCAAUCAUGUUAAACCUCACUAUCACUAUCUUCACAUUUUUUUUUCUUUCAUAAGAAAGCUCCCAAGAAAUCCUGCCUCAUCCUGACUUACUGCCAUUUCUGUUCUGUUCCUAAUUUGGGGGAGUCCAUCAGCUCCUCUCAGAGGAAGAACACAGUGACCCUUGGAAGCACCUCUCUUUUUUGACUCACAUCCACAAAUUCUGUGGUCAGCUUAAAGGCUGAUGUCUCGAAGCCCAGGUUUCGGGGUGAGCUGGAAAGGAUGAAGCCAAAGUCGAUGUGGAUGAUGUGACCUUCUGCGUCUAGAAGGAUGUUCCCAUUGUGCCUGAGGAAGAGGCAACAUGACUUUUGGAUAAAUUAAAAAAUAUAUAUUUAUAUUUCAUCUUUUAAAACUCAGAACAUAACAAAUUCCACUUACUGGAAAUUCAUACUAUUAGAAAUCCCUGAAGUACAUUUAAUAAAAAGAGGAAGUAAUCGAGCAAGGAGAGCUGUGACUGUUUCUUCACCUGGUGGAUGGACACAGCGUUGACUACUGGUUCAAUCAUGCCACUGUCAGCUGAAAUCACAAGAAUCUUGUAUGGCUUGAUCCAGAGAGGCACUCGUUCCUGUUCCCAAAUGGACUGUGAAGAGACACAAAGUUGUUUCAACACCUGGAAGGCCAGCAGCUCCUGGCGAAGGUCAUCUCCACACUUGACAAUGACUGAAAGGAGUCGCCAAUUGGGAAGAUGGCCAUACGGAGAACCUUCUCUGAUCCUCCUGUGAAGAAAGAAGUCACAGGAUGAUGCCAGGUAGCUCAAGCAAUGUUUCGGCUGCACCUUCAGGGCCUCAAAUACAGAACAAGGACAAAGUAAGGAGAUAAAAGAGAGAGACACAAGGCUGACAGCUGGUGACCAGGCACAGGACAAAGAGAGGUAGAGUGAAGAAGAUGAAGAUGAAGGAUGCUGUGAUUGGCCAUACCGGAUGUCCCCUGCCGCAAUGAAUACAGGCUCCUUGCUCUCCUGGCUGGUGAUGCUGUCCACCGAGAACUGGGAGAUGUUGUCACAGCUGUUGGUGUGUACUUCAGGGAGCUGGGAAGAGCAGGUCUAGAUGUUCCUCCUUACAUUCAACCUGCAACUCCUGCUGUAACAGAACAAGCUUGAACCUAUUCCAACCAGCUAUUCAGAGCAUUCCCUUCUCAUACCCCGUACUAUGUACAGUAUUCAUAUGGAUAUGUGCCUCACUCUGCUAACAGGUGUGUUAUUUCACAUGUAUCAAAAGCUCCUAGAAAACAGUGCUGUGCCUCUAA